AAAAAAAAAAAAAAAAAAAAAAAAAAGCCCAAAAAACAAAAGAGAGAGAGAGAGACCUAGAGUCAAGUGGCUAGUGGAAUGAUGGGCCUAAAGUGGGUGUUGCCAUGCCUUCCGGGCUGGCCUUGGCUGAUAGGCUGGGCUGACAGGGACAUGCUACACAGCUCCAGUGUGACCACAGUACUAGCUCAUAGCACUAGGGUCUGUUUCUCUCCCUCCUUUCCUGCCCCACAUCUUGAGAUAGGGUUUUGCAAUGUAGCUCUGGCUGGUCUCAACCUUCCGAGUGCAGGAUUGCAGGUGUGCACUAGCACCUGACUUUAACAAUUAGGUUUUCCUCCCUUUUUUCCUGUGCUAGGCCAGGUCCAGGGGGUGGCAGUCAGGGUAUUUUCCUGCUAGCAGAGCCUCCAGUUGGGUCUGUUAGAGUCCCUUGUUGGAGUCUAGGGUUGCCUGUAACAAUCCUUGCUUUGACUAAGCAGGAGUGUUGGAGUAGAAUAGUCCCCCCAGCAAGUCUAUUCCAACUAUGCUGAGCUCUGGUGGCAUGAAGGAAGGUGUGUGUGGCCUCAGUGGAGGUAAGCAGCCUGGCAGGGCCAGCACCUGUGUCUGUACAGAGCAGUGCCACUAUGCCUGCAGGUCACUGUCUUGAUCUUUCCCUGCCUCAGUCAUGCGUGCAAGGAGGUUCCCUGUGCAGAGAAUGCUGGGAGUGAGGAGGGAACGCCCAGCCUAGCGAUGUCUCGAUGUCUACAUUUUGUGGGGAUCUACGUGGAAAGAAUCUGAAAUCACUGCAAGGGCCCAGGAGAUGGCACCGCUGGGGUUGGGGGCCCUGGAGACUGGGUGGUGUGAAGUUGUUCCGCUAGGGAAGGAGGGCAUGAUACCCCUAGUAGGAUAGUGAUGGCCUUACCAGGGAGGGGCAGUAGAACUGGGCCAGCUGAUGUACCUGUGCCCUCCCCUCAAGGUGAAGCCACAAUACCUGGCUUGAAAUAAACACACAGCGUUUGGGUUGGGUGGAUAGGGCCUGGGCUGGUUGGGUCACCAAGGCCCAGGGUCUGUGAGUUGUCACAGGAGCCAAGCACAAGAUUUCGCUGCUUUGUAUUUCACUCAUUCUCAGCCAUUUAGUCAUUGUUGAGGCUGGCAAGGGCUGGAUCUGGCCAGAUAUGGGCUGUGGCAGUGAAUGGACUUGGUGGCUGCCCUUGUAAGCUUGCUGCCUGAUUAAAGGGCAGCAAAGGACUGUUCUGGCCACACCUGUGUCAGACUCCUGUGUCAGCUAAGGUUGCGGGAGGUGAGUUGACACAGGUGUGGAGGAGCAGAGCCAGCUGCCAGGCCCACAAGACCCUCUCUCAGUCAGGGUCUCGCUAGUGCCAAAGAGCCGUGGGCAUUCUCACCAUGACCUCUCACUGUGGCUGGUCUGGGCUGGGCCUUCCUCUGUGGAAGAAGAAAGAAGCUAUUUCCUGAAGUGGCUGGCCAGGAGGCUAAGUCUUUGAGCAAUCCUACUCGCCAUGGACCCAGACCCCCAGGCUGGCGUGCAGGUGGGCAUGCGUGUGGUGCGCGGAGUGGACUGGAAAUGGGGCCAGCAGGAUGGAGGUGAGGGCGGCGUGGGCACUGUGGUGGAGCUUGGCCGCCAUGGCAGCCCCUCGACCCCCGACCGCACAGUUGUCGUUCAGUGGGACCAGGGCACACGCACCAACUAUCGCGCUGGCUACCAGGGUGCCCACGACCUGCUGCUCUACGACAAUGCCCAGAUUGGUAUCCGCCACCCCAACAUCAUCUGUGACUGCUGCAAGAAACAUGGGCUUCGAGGCAUGCGCUGGAAGUGCCGUGUCUGCUUUGACUACGACCUCUGCACACAGUGCUACAUGCACAACAGACAUGACCUUACUCAUGCCUUCGAGCGCUAUGAGACAGCCCACUCACGUCCGGUCACAUUGAGUCCUCGCCAGGGCCUCCCUCGAAUCCCACUAAGGGGUAUCUUUCAAGGAGCAAAGGUGGUACGAGGCCCUGACUGGGAGUGGGGCUCACAAGAUGGAGGAGAAGGGAAGCCAGGCCGUGUGGUGGACAUCCGUGGCUGGGAUGUGGAGACAGGUCGGAGCGUGGCCAGUGUGACUUGGGCAGAUGGAACUACCAAUGUGUACCGUGUGGGCCACAAGGGCAAGGUGGACCUCAAAUGUGUCGGCGAGGCAGCUGGUGGCUUUUACUAUAAGGAGCACCUCCCAAAACUUGGCAAGCCAGCAGAGCUGCAACGCAGGGUGAGUGCUGAUGGCCAGCCCUUCCAGCGUGGGGACAAGGUCAAAUGUCUGCUGGACACAGACGUCCUAAGGGACAUGCAAGAAGGCCACGGUGGCUGGAACCCUAGGAUGGUGGAGUUUAUCGGACAGACGGGCACCGUGCACCGCAUCACAGACCGUGGGGACGUGCGUGUGCAGUUCAACCAUGAGACCCGCUGGACCUUCCACCCUGGGGCUCUCACCAAGCACAACAACUUCUGGGUGGGUGAUGUGGUUCGGGUCAUCGAUGACCUUGACACUGUGAAGCGACUACAGGCUGGACAUGGUGAAUGGACAGACGACAUGGCCCCUGCCCUGGGCCGAGUAGGGAAAGUGGUGAAGGUAUUUGGAGAUGGAAACCUGCGUGUGGCAGUUGGCGGUCAGCGGUGGACCUUCAGCCCCUCCUGCUUAGUGGCCUACCGGCCUGAGGAGGACACCAACCUGGACGUGGCUGAGCGUGCCAGGGAGAAUAAAAGUGCGGCAUCAGCUUCAGUGGCCGGUGGGAGGCAGGGCAGCCCCUGGCCAGCACUUACGUCAGCCCUGCCCCCAGGCUCACUGAGUGUAGCCCUGGACAAGCUGCGGACCCAGAAGAAUGACCCAGAGCACCCAGGGAGGCUGGUGGUAGAGGCUGCACUGGGAAAUGUAGCCCGGGCUUUGGACCUGCUACGGAGGCACCCAGAACAGGUGGACACCAAGAACCAGGGCAGGACUGCCCUGCAGGUGGCUGCUUACUUGGGACAGGUGGAGCUGGUGCGGUUGCUGUUGCAAGCAAGGGCAAGUGUGGACCUGCUGGACGAUGAGGGCAACACUGCACUACACUAUGCAGCUCUAGGGAACCAGCCUGAGGCCACAAGGGUGCUCCUGAGUGCAGGCUGUGGGGUGGAUGUCCGGAAUGGGACCCGCAGCACAGCCCUGCAUGUGGCUGUGCAAAGGGGCUUCCUAGAGGUGGUAAAGACUCUGUGUGAGCGUGGCUGUGAUGUUAACUUGCCGGAUGCCCAUGCUGACACACCCCUUCAUGCUGCAAUCUCUGCGGGUGUGGGUGCCAGCAGCAUUGUUGAAGUCCUCACCGAAGUCCCUGGCAUCGAUGUCACUGCCACCAAUAGCCAGGGCUUCACACUCCUGCACCAUGCAUCCCUCAAGGGCCAUGUGCUAGCAGUCAGGAAGAUUCUGGCACGGGCACGGCAGCUGGUGGAUGCCAAGAAGGAGGAUGGCUUUACUGCACUGCAUCUGGCUGCUCUCAACAACCACCUUGAGGUGGCCCAGGUCCUCAUCAGAGAGGGUCGCUGUGAUGUGAAUGUGCGCAACCGGAAGCUCCAGUCUCCACUGCAUUUGGCUGUGCAGCAGGCCCAUGUGGGGCUCGUACCACUGCUAGUGGAUGCUGGCUGCAGUGUAAACACUGAAGAUGAGGAAGGAGACACAGCUCUGCAUGUGGCACUGCAGCAUCAUCAGCUACUGCCCCUGGUGGCUGACAGGGCUGGGGGGGACCCAGGGCCCUUGCAGCUGCUGUCCAGGCUACAAGCCUUGGGCCUCCCGGGCAGCACGGAUCUGACGGUAGGCACGGCAGUGGCCUGUUUCCUGACACUGGAGGGUGCUGACGUGAGCUACACAAACCACCGUGGCCAGAGCCCCCUCGACCUGGCCGCAGAAAGCCGAGUGCUCAAAGCCUUGCAGGGCUGUGCCCAGCGUUUCCGGGAGCGACAGGCGGGCGGCGGUGGGGGUGCAGCACCGGGCCCCCGGCACGUGCUCAGCACGCCCAACACCGUGACGAACCUGCACGUGGCUGGCACGGCCGGGCCGGAAGCCGCCGAAUGCCUGGUGUGCUCGGAGCUGGCGUUGCUGGUCCUGUUCUCGCCGUGCCAGCACCGAACCGUGUGCGAGGAGUGCGCCCGCAGGAUGAAAAAGUGCAUCAGGUGCCAGGUGGUCAUCAGCAAGAAGCUGCGCCCAGAUGGCUCUGAGGUGGUGAAUGCCACUCCGGUGCCCGGCCCGCCCCGGCAGCUGGUGGAGGAGUUGCAGAGCCGCUACCGGCAGAUGGAGGAGCGCAUCACCUGUCCCAUCUGCAUCGACAGCCACAUCCGCCUGGUGUUCCAGUGCGGCCACGGCGCGUGCGCGCCCUGCGGAGCGGCGCUCAGCGCCUGCCCCAUCUGCCGCCAGCCCAUCCGCGACCGCAUCCAGAUCUUCGUGUGAGCACCGCGGCCUGUCCCAACUUCCCUGUCAACCCCUGUAUUUUAUAAAAAGAUUCUCG